AUGACGAUGGAUGCCAUCGCGCUUCUAGACGCCGAUGCAUUGGACCUUGUCAGCUUGCUCUGGCAACCAUCUUCAUCCGGCACCGGGGAACUCUUCAACGGCGACACUGAGAGCAAGCUUGGCCACGAAGCUUAUUGCGACUACUUUCGACGUCAAUGGCACCUCCUUGCUAUCUAUGGAGACCAUCAACCUGCGGCAUCAAGAUCACCCCAGGCCAUUGCCCGGUUGAUGGAACAUAUCCGGGACGGGAAACCCCGAGAGGAGAUGAUGGACAUGCUGAGGCUAGCCGGUGCAGAAGAAGAGGCGUGUGAACGAUCUCUCAACCUGGCAGUUCGGCUUCUCGUCAUGAUGCGGUUCGGGCUCGCCAAACAUCAAGUAGCACCACGCCGCUUUUUACGAUGGGAGCAAGGUUCUCUCCAAACAUUUAUUCACGGGGUGUUUAAUGAGGUUCCAAAGCUUAGCUCUGAGCAAAUAAGACUCCCAAAAUCCUUUGAUGCAUGGUCGAUUGCAAACAUUGCCGGCAUCAAACUCGCCUUCACCGACAAUCUGGCCGAUCAUCUCCUGCUUGUCGACGAUGACACCAGGCUACUCAUAUUCCAUCAUGCAUCUUUUCUCGAGUAUCAUCGCAGCAAAACCUCCGUCUUCCCAGACGACCUAAUCAACGAGACCCUACGCACCCUGGCUCUCCUGUUCCCGCAAGCGGCAUUCAGCAACCAACAACGGACGCGCACACCGCGGAGGAAAUGGCUACAGGGCCUACGAGUGAAACACCGCGAAACCCAGCAUACCGUCAUCGACCCCCGCCUCGCCCUUUGCGGGACUCCCCAGGGCGAAGACCGACAGAUUGAGCGCUUCCGCUUCUGGAGGGAUCGCCUAGUUAUUCUGAAGCAAACAUACGAUGACGCCACGCCCAAAACUCUGGGGCAGUGGUGGCGUGACAGGCGGAACGGCGUCCAGUGGUAUACCUUUUGGGUGGCAAUCUUGGUGUUGGCGAUUACCACAUUCCUGGGCGUGGUGCAAGCUAUCGAAGGGGCGUUACAGGUUUAUAAGGCGUAUUACCCUACUGAGGCAGUUUCAAAUGUAUAA